GAUGUGGUAUGUGACGUCAUCAAGGGCGACGAAAUGUUUUAGUGUGUGCUGCUUGUCUCACUUACGUGAGCAGUAAACUGUAAUUGGUAAAUGAGACUAGGCUUUUGCUAAUGAGUGAACCAGUUCUAAAAAAUAUUACAUCAUACAGGGACAGAGGCAAAGAAGAAGCAGCUGGCAUUUACUGUAACAUUAAGAUGAAUGUAAAAGAGGAAACAUGUGAGGCUGACAUAAUGACAGUGAGUAUUAAAGGGGAGGAAUGUGAAUGGGAGUCUUCUCACUCCAAACAGGAGAGUCUGUGCAUUAAAGAUGAACGUUGUGAACUGGGAUCAGUGGGCAUUAAAGAAGAGUCUAAGGAUAUGUCUUUCAACAUCAAGACGCACGAACAUAAAAUUAUGAAGUGUGUCGACCUUAAAGUGAGUUCUGAAUCAUUACAAUCUGACACAAAGAGAACUGAGGAAAUGUUUUCUGUUAGAACUCGAGAAGAUCAACCAUCAUCUUCAAAUUGUUCUGGCCAAAUCACAUCAUUCAUUUCAGAUCAUACAAACACUGGGAAUGAAAGUUGCAACAGUGGAUCACUUGAUAUAACACCCCCAGAACAAUGCAAUAAAAGGAGGAAGAGGAAGAAGAUGGAUGUGAGUGACAUGAUGGAAGCAUUUUUGGACAUGCAAAAGAAACAUUAUGAUGAAUUCAUGCGAGGAGAAGAGUUGCAUCUCCAGAAGGAGAGAGAGAUGCUAAAUGAUUGGAUGAAGGCACAAAUGGAAAUGGAGGAGCGUCGACAACAGAUGCAACGGGAGGAACGCCAAGAGGCAAACAGGAUGUUCCAGCAAAUGAUGAACAGAAUGUUUGAUGCCAUGGUGCCUAUAUACCAGCAGCACACACCAUCACAUCCAAAUAAAUCCAGUCAUUGAAAAUAUUUUUUACCAUAAUCAUGAAGAGACACCAGUACCCUACACAGAUGAGCCACUUCAAUCUACACAGGGCCAUCAUAACCCUUAGUUAAGAAGUGGAAGUACAGGCCUAUUGUUAUUGUUGUUACACAAGUUCCAGUGUAAGUCUGGAGAACACAUUAUGUUUUAUUGUAAUGUCUUAAAUAGUUGAGUGGCAUAAAUGUUUAAUUAUUAGUUCAAGUAUUCUGUUCUCAGGAAUAAUGCCACAGUAGCAUCCUGCAUUUUUUUUAAACAGCAUUGUUCUUGCCAUGGUGUCUUGAUCCAUUUGUACUUAUAUGUGAAAUUUUUUAUUUACUGUAUUUUUUUUACAUAUUUAACACUUCAGCAGUUGUGUUCUGUAAAUACUGACCU